AUGCCAGCAGGUCCACCUGGGUCCAGCAGUGGACAGCUGAUCCUCGAAGAGCCGCUCAUCAGGACCCCGUACGAACUUCUCAGGCGAUCCCAUAGAAGCGCUCAGAGACAGGUUGAGAAGGACUUCAAGAUCAUUCAGUCCGGUCUCAAUGAUCUUGUGAAACGAGCAUCCACUGCUGAACCCGGUCCAUCCUCCCACGAUUCCGUGAUCAAGCAGCUGGACCAAGUGGGAGAGCGAGUCAAAGGGCUCAAACGAAAGCUCGAUGAUCUCCAACCUCGAGAAGAUGCUCCGUCCGUCCUGAAGUCAAGGCUCAAGUACGUCGAAUCGCUAGGGAAAGGAGAAAAGACAGCUUCCGAGCAUAGCAGUCUUGCACCUCCUGAGACGGAAGCUGGAACAGAUAGGACCUUGGACAGGUACAUUGUCGAUUACCUUUUACGCACAGGAAGAGUCAAAGCUGCUCAAGCUUUGGCUGUGCAUCAGGGCAUAGAAGAUUACGCCGAUAUCAAGCUGUUCGCGGAAUUGACAAAGAUUGAAAAAGCCCUCAUUGAGCGUCGAUCCGUCACAGAGGCUCUGGCCUGGUGCGGUGAGAAUAGAGGUACUUUGAAAAAGACAAAGAAUGACCUCGAAUUCGCUCUCCGACUUCAAGAAUUCAUCGAAUUGUGUCGCCAUCGAGAUGUCACUGGGGCCAUCACGUAUUCUCGCAAGAAUCUAGCUGCGUGGGCACCGACACACAUGCAGGAGAUCCAACAGGGAAUGACACUUUUGGUAUUUGGAGAAAGGACCGGCGUCAGCGCCUAUCGAAAACUAUACGAGACGGAACGUUGGCAGCAUGUCAGACAUCAAUUCCGAGAAACAUUCCUCAACCUCUACGGUCUGCCUACUCAACCUCUCCUCGCUCUAGCUCUGUCAGCAGGUCUCUCCUCCCUCCGACUUCCAUCCUGCGCACCUCACGUCAAACCGUCCACUUCGCCUCUAUCUCCGAAAUCCCCUACAGUUCCUCUCUUACCCUCCGCACCCUCUCUACACGAUCUCGAGCAAGUUCUCUCCACGAUCGGAGCAGGUAUUGACCACCUCACUGCCCCCAUCGGUGGAGUUCCUACGUCUCCAGAAGAUGACAUGCACGAACAUCCUGAAACGCUCGUCGGUAAUGUGGACUGUCCGACAUGUGGAGAAGACAUGAAAAUCUUGGCGAGUGAAGUACCCAUGUCGCAUCAUGUCAAUUCAACAAUCGUCUGUCGAAUAAGUGGAAAGGUUAUGGAUAGUCAGAAUGAGCCCAUGGCGUUCCCAAACGGUCAUGUAUACUCCUCAAAGGCUCUCGAAGAAAUGGCAAACAGCAACUUUGGCUGUGUGACCUGUCCAAGAACACGACAAACGACUGUAUUUACGCGACUACGUAAAGUGUAUAUCUCCUGA